UUUCAAGAUUGUUAUCGAUUAAUUAUCGUAGUUUUUACCACCAUUAGAGCACACAAAGCGGCUAGUUUUAUUUGGCGCAAGUGAAUUCGUUUUUGACGCGCGUGUUAAAAAAUGAAGAGGUUCACUGUAAAAAUUGACUUAUCCAGUUUUUUUAAUGAUCAAAGAAAAUUGGUUAUAGUAAUGGUUGAUCCAACAUGGACAUCCAUAGCAGCGCUACAGCACCGCGUGGAGCAUUUAUUUGAAAUAAAGCCGGUACUAUUUCUUACAGCGGAUGACUGCUUCAUACCACCUGAAGAACCAGUUAAAAUGUUAAAAUUUUUUAGCAUUAUAAAAGCAUUUAUACCUGAAGACUCUUUAAGAAAAAAAUUCAGAAAAUCUAAAGCGAAAGCUGCUGAAGAUGAAUGUGCUGAAACAUUUCCAAUGUUAAAUGAUGACCUAAAGCAAAGAAAACGUAAAUUCCAAAUGCUUGAAAAUGGCUGCAAGAGUUCAACUCCAAAUCAACCAAAACGUACCAAAAGCAUAUUAGAUGUUCAACCAAAAGAAAAAUCAUGCGAAAUAUCCAGUACUAAUGAAGUUGUGACUUGCACAGAGCCACAAAUAAAUCAAUUAAGCAAAUGUAAUAUAAAUAUUAGUACAGAAAUUGUGGCUGAUAUAGAACCAGUAACUAAUGAAAUCGUGUCAAACGUAUUGUCCAAUAAAAAAAAACGUGAACGUACGAAUAAAAAAAAUAAAGUAAACAUUUCAAAUAGUUCUCCUGAAGAGCAAGCUAAUUUGGACACUUCCUGUGAUAUAAAUAUUCUGACUUCAACACGGACUCUCAAUGAAAAAGAUUUAAGAUUGAGCACAAACACAAACUCGCAAAUUAAACCUCAGCAUAUAUUUUUCGAUUCUAAAGCGGAUAAUCCCGAUCUUAGUAAAAACGUUUCUGUAGAUAGAGGAAAACCAGCAAAACAACGGGAAUUUAUCAGUUUUCGUUGUGGUGUUACAAAUAACGAGCGGAGACAGUUUAAUAAUUCUAUAUCUAAUCAAAGCAAAAGGAAUCGUGUUUCAAUAAUUGAACACGUCAUAAUUACUCCAAAAGAAACACUAAAUAAAUUUAAAGAAGUAAAUAAGACUGACUCACAUCAAGCAAAUUGCGCAGAUGAUAACUCUUGCAACGAAGAUAAUGAUGUAAAUAAAACUGGAACUGAUAUCAGUAGAAAAAAAUCAUUUUCAGAAGUUAAUGAUGAAUCUAUUAUACUAAAUGAAAUUGAAGAAUUACAAUGUAUGACUACUUUCAAUAAAUCUGAAAUAUGUGAGAAGUUAAAAGUAAAAAGUCCAAGUAAAAAAAUUUUAUUAGUAGAGAAAGAGAGAAAUAGCGAGGAUAAUAUAAGCGGACUUGAUAUCAGCAAAAAUAACACAGAACUCAAUACCUCGAAUGUGUUAUUCAAAAACUUAAGUGCUAAAACUAAUAAUAUUGGACCAUUAAACAAACACUAUCGUCGCACAGACAGCCCAGUUUGUAAAUCAAGCAUUAUAUUUAAAAAUCAGAUAACAACUCCACUUAAUAUAAGUAAAGAAAAUCUUGCUAUAGCUGAGCAAAAUGAAAAAAAUGAUACGUUAGAAGUAUCAAAGGUAUCUGUUAGUAACCAUGGUGACAUCUUCCAAAUGGAUGUAACUGCUAUGAACAGUACUAAAAUUUGCGAUGGUGAUGAUAAAAAGAAAAAUGUUACACAAUUGUAUAAUAGCGACAUAAAUAAGAUUAUGGACUUAAAUAAUGACACAGAAUGGCUUGAUUCACGUUUGAAUAAUUCUAGUGUUAUGUCAAUUGAAAAUGAAUGCGAUGAAUCCGAUAGACAUGAUGAUCUUAAUUUGACAAAUGAAGAAAGUAAACUGAAUGAACAAUUAGCAAAUUCAAAUGUUGAUAUAACUAUUGAAGCAGAAUUGCCUAGAAUUUCAAUUCAAAAUUGUACUAAUUCAAUUAUUGUAAGUGAAAUCAAUGCAAAUGCUAGUGAACUUUUAGCUGCAAACAAAACAGAUAUCCAUAUGGAUUACACAUUCGAUGAAAAUAGUGAUGAAGUUAUAGAUUUAGAUGAAACAGAGAAUGAAAGCUUUUUAAUGGAUAUAACUACGUCUGUAACAGUGGGUGAGACUGAUUUAAAAAAACAACUAGAAAAAUCUAAACCAUUAAAUGAUUUGCCAAAUGUUGGCGAUAUUGUAAUAUUUAAGAUGCUUCGCUUAGAUGAAUUAUGUACACCCACUAUAACAGAUUAUAUUAAAGGAAUAUGCGAAUAUGUCAAUAAAAGAACAAAAAGUAUAAAAUGGCGUAUAUUAGAUGGUCAUUCUCAAAUACAUCGUAUCCCUUCCAAGUUUGCUACUGAAUUCGAUGAUUCUACAGAUACAGACAUUAUUAAUAUUAAGUUGAAUGAUAUGAUUGAGCCAAAAUUGCUUCAAAAAUAAUAGAGUAAUAACUAUUUGUUAAAUAUUUGUGAAA